AAGCGGAAAUGGGCUGCGGAAGCGCAUUCAGGAGGGAGGCCACCGCUAUCGCACAAACGCAGCCAACGAAGGAUGACGGCGAUAGCGCGAUAACGCAUGCAGGAUCUGGGGUAGAUGUCCUCACCAUCGGCAGCGACUUCGGGCUUUCGAAGUGGGACGAAGCAGCAUGCGGUUCAGACAACGCCAUUCUGCUCACUGACUCUUCAAGGGUCUGUCAUUACUUGCAGUACCCCGAAGGAACCACACUUAUCUACUCGUACUUUGAGAGCAUAGGCAGCAAGUAUGACAAGACGUUGUUCUUCGGGCUCCAGUACAUUCUGAAGAAGUGGAUGGUCGGGCCGGUAAUCACCGUGAAGAAGAUAAAUGAUGCUAAGGAAUUCUUCAGGAUGCACUUCAACCAGGAGCUGUUCAACGAGUCCGGAUGGAUGCACAUCGUCGAGCAGCACGAUGGCCACCUGCCACUCUCGAUCAAGGCAGUGCCCGAAGGCAGCCUCAUCCCUACGCGCAACGUCCUGUUUACUGUAGAGAACACGGACCCUGAAGUACCCUGGCUCACGGGAUGGUUUCAGACAUUAUUUAUGCAGACAUGGUACCCGAUUACGGUGGCGACGAACGCGUGGCAUUACAAGGAGCUCAUGGCAAGGUACCUGCUCGACACCUGCGGUUCUACAGCUACUAUACCGUACCAGCUCCAUGACUUCGGCUGUGGCGGUGCUUCCUCUGUCGAAUCGGCUGCCAUUGGAGGCGCGGCACACUUGGUGAACUUCCUGAGCAGCGACAACAUAGCCGGGAUUCGCCUCGUCCACCAGUACUACGGCUUUCCCAUGGCGGGGUACUCUUACCCUUCCACAGAGCACAGCACCAUGACGCCGUGGGGCCCGGCGGGCGAGUCGGCAGCGUGCCGCCAGGCGAUGCACGCGUUCCCCAGCGGUCCGGCCUCAGUAGCCAGCGACGCCUACCACGCGGCGAACUGCUGCGAACACGUCUGGGGUCAAGACCUGCGCCACCUGGUCGAAGCCCGCGCAGAGCUCUACGGCGGCAUGCUCAUCGUCAGGCUGCAGUCCGGCGACCCGCCGGAGAUCAUCGUCGAGGUCUUGGAGAUACUUGGUAGGCACUACUCGGUGACGGUGAAUUCAUUGGGCUUCCGCGAGCUGCCACCAUAUGUGCGCUUGAUGCACAGCGACGGCAUGACACUGGAGAUGGCCGAGGCUGUCCUAGCCAACGCCAAGGCACACCGCUGGAGCACCCAAAACGUGCUUCUGGCCAGUGAUGGCACAGUCAUGCGAGACUCGCAAGGACCAGCUCAGCGCUUUGCCUUUCAAUGCAGCGCUGUCGUCGUCGGUGGUCAUGAGCAAGAAGUACACAGGAACCCAAUGACUGACACUAGACUGAGCUCCAAGAAGGGCAGGCUGACUUUACAGCACUCUGUCAGCGGGUACACCACAGUGGAACAUGGCCAGGGAGACCCUGAAGAGGAUUGUCUAGUGCACGUGUUUAAAGAUGGCCAUCUCCUUGUGGAGCAGACAUUCGAAGACAUCAGAAGACGUUCCCAAGAGCCUUUAGAUCACUUCAAUACAUAGUGCCACAAGAUCAUAUAUUGAUGGCUUGUGCUUUGUAUGGGCCCAGCAACACUAAAACUGAGAUAUACAUAACUACAACAUUUUCCCGAGCAGCCCUGUAAGCACAGCCAAUGUUGAUCAACGAAGGGACAUGGUGGCCCAAUUGGGCACAUUGGCCCUGCUCCCCAGAUAGGGAGGCGUUAGAUGAUCCUCUUCUUUAAGUCUCCGUUUUCAGCAAGUUUUGUCCUCUAAUUUAAAUACAACUGCAAUGAAAUUUCAGCUGCGUAAAAAGGAGUUUCAAAUAGCUUAGAUAAAGCAGUGCCCAUGUACAAUUUUGUUUCAUAUAUGUGUGGAUGCAACAUUGAAAGCUAGCAAAAAUAUACAUUUUUGAUACUGAAACUGGGACAAAAAAAAAUGCCGUUAUUGUUCUCGAAAUGAUGCAAUUAGGAAAUUAAAUUCUCAGGUAUUGCACGCAAAAACCAUCAUACGAUAAUGAGGCACGUGGUAAAAGGGGGACUACGGACUAAGUUUGACCACCUGGAGUUCUUUACCAUGCAUCUAAACACAAGUACACAUGUGUUUUUCCAUUUCACCAUAAAAUGUGGCCAGGAUCGAACUGCAAUGUCAAGCUCAACAGCACAACACCAUAGCCACUAAGCUACCGCAGCGGAUGGAAAUGACGCACAGCCCACAAUACUGAGAAUCAGAGAAUCAGUAUGGCUCCUUGACAUGACAUCCGAGAUUGAGCAGUGCCCUUGGCACAUCGAAAAUAUCGGAGGUGAUAUGUUGGAAUUUGCGCAAUAUAUCUGCUAACCACAAAGUCUAUGCAUCGUCUGCUUAGGUGCUAUUUAAAUUUUGUUAAAAAGUAAAUUAGACAACCACAAGCCCUAAAAUUUUGCCAAGAUUGCUUCAAUCACAUAUACUGUUCAUGUAUAACCAAUCUGGACAAAGUGUGAUUUUGUAACCAUUGGCUUUAAUCAUUCACCCAUUCUUUCCUCAGGUCCCUGUGUGAUAUAUUAGCAAGGCAGAAAUGAGUUUUAAGACCAUACUUUCUGCCUAGGUUUUGUUAGGACAAGCUUAUUUGCCUUGAUGUCAGAUGACAUAGAUGAAGGUGAAAAAGAACAAAAUAUCUGCUGGAUGUUGCUAUGUACACAGGCUGUUAUAAAAGACACACACACUGCAAGGAACGCUUUGCCACCUGAAGCUUAAUCGGUUACCCAUGUAUGACUACCAGGCUUCUUAAUUUCACAGCAUGCACUGCUUGCUAGAAAAUUUAACCUUUUUUUUUUUUUACUAAGCCCGAACGUUCCAAGAACCUUUUCAACUGCCUGUAGUACACCUAUAGGGCACCUGUUUCCCUUGUCAAAU